UCUCGUCGAUGAGCUGCCAGUCCUGUUUGGUUUGUUCACAAUUGUAUAUUUACUCUGCUUUAUUUACGGACCGAACGGUUCUGGACGGCGGAUCACUGACCAAGCCUCCUAGUCCGGAAUGUCCCCCGCGGCUAGACUCAGAAAUGGUUUCGAUGUGGAGGAGGAAGCAUUUUAUGUCGCUAAGGGUGAAAGAAAGACUCGAAAACCAAUAGUGGAGAAAAAGAGGCGAGCGCGCAUUAAUGAAAGCCUGCAGGAUCUCAGGACACUACUUUCAGAUAACGAUUUGCAGACAAAAAUGGAGAAUGCAGAGGUGCUUGAACUAACAGUAAAACGAGUUGAGAACAUCCUGCAGAAUCGUUCUAAGGAAGCUGAAGCUGUGAAUCAAGAGGCCAGUGAGAGAUUCGCAGCAGGUUAUAUCCAGUGCAUGCAUGAGGUACAUACCUUUGUGUCCACAUGCCCGGGCAUCGACGCCACAGUGGCUGCAGAGCUGCUUAAUCACCUGCUAGAGUGCAUGCCAUUAAAUGAGGAUCACCUUCAGGAGAUGAUCCUAGAGCUCAUAUCAGAGCCUUCCUCCUCCGGUCGAUCAUGGCCAGCUGGAGAGGUGCUAAGUCCAGGAGGCCGCAGUGUGUCCGACCUAUUCUCAGCACUGUCCCCAUCCCCAUCCAAUCCUUCUAGUGAGGACCUCUGCUCUGACCUAGAGGAGACAGAGACCGAAGCAAGUCCUGCAUCAGCUGAGGACAGCCUGAACUCCUCCAUAAUCACACACUCUAAGUUUAUGUGGCGGCCAUGGUAGAAGUUUCUUCAAAGACCAUGCAUCUUUAUUCAUAAUUCACUUAAUCCUGUAUUGGGGCAUGAUGGAAUCCUUUUCUCAUCUGAUUUUCUUGAGAAAAUGGCUGGAGCUUUAGGAUUUUAUAAGCACAGGCUGAUAUAGUGGGAUAAGACAUCAUCUUACAGAAAAGUAUGGAACUUUUUUUCACAGUGACUUGAACAUACCCCUGGAUAUUUUUUCUUCUGAAACAUGAUGCCUCGAAGCAUAAAAGCUUAUUUCGAAAUGAAUUUCAGAUUGAACUACUUAAAAAGUAAACUGUAAUGGUGUAUACUAGAGAUUGAGAAAUUGUUUUGUUUUAGUGGGCUGAAAGAUUUGUUUUGUUUCUUUAGAGUUAAAAAUAUCUCACUGAGAGACUGUCACAUAGAUAAA